AUUCCUCGUGAGUUAUAUAGCGCUAGGAGCGUUUUCUAAUUCCUAACUCUUUUCCUUUUCACAUUCCUCUCAUCUAUGAAUGUAUUAUCAUGUAUUUCUAUAUAUACCUAACUUUAAAUCUUUAACUACCAUACUUCUCAUACAUCUUUCUCCGUUACUACCACCCUCCUUCCUUUUCUUAACAAAACCCGGUUUUUACUAAACAAUCUUGAACAACAUGUGUUAUUGGUACGUAUAGUGAGGUAACAAGUUCAAUUCUCAUAUAUUUUAAAUAAGAAUUGAAUGGAACGAGUCUGCCUGGCACAGAAUUACAUGCAUUGUUGUGUAUGAGUUGUAAACUUGUUCUUUUGGAUCUUUUUAUGAAGUAUGGGGCCUAAAUUAGGUGAUCAACUAGCUUCCACACCACCAAAGCUAUCUCUCACAAACCUCCCAAGUUUGAAGGGAAUCGCGCCGGAGUCACCAUGGACUUUGACACCACCGUUGCACCCCAUGGCAUCCAUUCCCUUCAAGUGGGAGGAAGCACCCGGAAAGCCCAGGUUUACCAACAGUUCAAGCCCAUGUAAGAAGCCCAAGAGUGUUAGAUGCUUAGAACUUCCUCCUAGGAUGUUGGUUGAGGGCCUUGAGGCUAAAGUGGCCCAUAUGCCUUCCUCCCCAACUGCGGUUUUAGAUGGGCCUAGUUUGGGCCGAUCUUUGUCUCAAAGGUUCUGCUUUGAAGGCCCAAUUCUUAAUGCUAGUCCUGUAUUGGGCUUGAAUGUAAAAGAAAAUAGUGUAAUGGGUCAAGGGAAGAGUAAGAAGAAAGAUGUGAAAAGACAAAUUGGGCCUUGGAAGAGGUGGGCCAGUGGUAAUGGUACGAAGUGGAAUCAAAAGCUUUACAAGGGUAAUUCUGGCAUUUCACCUUGGAGUGAUAGUAUUGAGGGGAGUGAUGUUAUGAAUGAGAAGGAUAUUGAGGUGAAAGUAACAAGAUUUAGAAGGCGAUCAAAAAGAAGUCUACACAAAUUAUCAAAUACAAGCUCUCGUGUAUUUGAAAACAUCCUUGAAUGCCUUAAGCAAAUAGUGGUACGGCGGCGCAAAGAGGAGAAGCAAAGAUAUGAAGCAUCAUAGAUUUUAGAUUAUGCAUAGCUUUCUUAUAAUGUAUCCUUUGCGUUAAAUUGUAUAAAAUGAUAUAUCAAAUACAACAAUGGAUUA